UGGGAAACUGUGUAACGCUUUACAGUUAUAGGGCGUUUGACCUCCUUAUUGCAUUCUAAAGCCCCGGGUGGGGUAUAGCAGCAAAGGUAAGCGCCAACAGAGGCUGUUCGAGGCGUUAUAUUGCGUUUGGCGUGCUGGUAUGACCCCCGCGGUGACCCGUACAUCUCUUCCCCUUAUAGUCAGCGCGGGGAGGAUUGCUCCGCAGACGGCGUGCGGCGGUGACAGCGCAGGGAUCUGACCAGUCGGAGUUGCGAUGCUGCUUGAGAUCGGGUUAACGCUGCUCGCCGCGGCGCUGCUCUACCGAUUGUUUUUCCGACGAAAAGAUGAAACGUUGCCCAUGGGCGAUGGGUGGUGGGGAGCGGGCCCCAGACCGGAGAGCGAGGAGGAUGAAAGUAUCCGGCCCUUCAAGGUCGAAACGACUGAGGAAGAGUUAAAGGAUUUGUUCCAGCGCAUCGAUCAGACCCGUUACACCGAGCCCCUGGAGGGGAGCCGCUUUAAUUACGGCUUCAAUUCCACUCACCUCCGCAAAGUGGUCUCGUACUGGAGGAACGCGUUCAGCUGGGAAAAACAACUGGAAAUCAUCAACAAAUAUCCGCAUUACAAAACCAAAAUCGAAGGUAUCGAUAUCCAUUACAUUCACGUGAAGCCGGCCAACGUCCCCGCCGGGCGCGCCGUACGCCCCAUUAUCUUGGUGCACGGCUGGCCGGGGUCCUUCUACGAGUUUUACCGGAUCAUCCCUUUGCUGACGGACCCCGGGAGCCACGGGCUGAGCGACGAACGCGUCUUCGAGGUGAUCUGCCCCUCCAUCCCCGGAUACGGCUUCUCGGAAGCGGCUCACAAGCAAGGCUGCGAUUCUGUGGCCGUCGCUCGGAUUUUUUACCACCUGAUGCGGAGAUUGGGGUUCCGUGAAUUCUACGCUCAUGGCGGAGAUUGGGGAUCCAUUGUCUGUACAAACCUCGCUCAGAUUGCCCCCAGCAAUGUCAAGGGCCUCCACCUCACCAUGGUGCCCGUCUCCAGUUCAGGGUUGUCCCAGAUGCUCUCCGUCGUCCUCGGCAAGCGUUUCCCCGGAAUGUUUGGCUUCCAAGACGAAGAUGUCCGACGGCUGUUUCCUUUCUUAAAGAAAGUCUUCUAUCAUCUUGUGAAGGAGAGCGGGUACAUGCACAUCCAAGCGACCAAGCCUGACACGGCAGGGUGCGGGUUAAAUAAUUCCCCGGUCGGACUCGCUGCCUACAUCUUGGAGAAAUUUUCCACCUGGACUGAUCGGGAUUUUGUAGAUUAUGAAGAUGGAGGACUGGAAAGAAAAUUCACCAUAGAUGACCUUCUGACCAAUGUUAUGAUUUAUUGGGUGUCGGGCUCCAUCGUUUCAUCCAUGAGAUUCUACAAGGAGAACGUCGGCAGAGGACUCGGUGUAGCCAAACAUGACAAAAUCCAGGUGACCGUUCCCACCGGCAUCGCCUCCUUCCCCAACGAGCUCAUGCAUUGUCCCCUCUCCUGGGCCAAGCAGAAAUACGUCGACAUCGUCUCCUUUACCUACAUGCCUCGCGGGGGCCACUUCGGUGCCUUUGAAGAGCCAGAAAUCCUGGCUAAAGAUAUUCAGCAGUUUGUAGCCAAAGUGGAGCACAAAUAAAUAGCGGGUUCUAUUACGGUUUGUAGUAAAUUAGAGGUUCCAGAUCCCGUCGGGGGGGGGGGGGGGGAUGGGUGUUUUGCUGUUGUAGGAUUAUCACUCUCAUGACCCGCAGACAAUAGCUGGAAGUAGAAUGGCCAUUUUUUUCCUGCUCUGCUGAUGGGAGUGAUAGUCCUAUGAGAGCUGCUCAGCCAAAUGAUAUCUGGGCAUUGGUUGUUUUUUUUGGGGGGGGGUUACAAGCUUAGCGAUGAUCAGCAAUUGUAUACAUACGCUUCUUUAUAAACUUUUUCUAGAAUAUAUGCGUGCGACCUGCUGGUAAGCGAUGCAAACAUUCCAUGGAGAUACAAUAUAAAUAUAAGAUAAAAUAUACUAUGCAAGCUAUAAACAAAUCUAGGGUUCCCAAGGAGACAUUAAGACAAAUUUUCACUGCACACCUGAAAAAAAACCCCCAAAAAUUCUUUAAAUGCGGGUAAAACUUUCUGGAAGUCUUUAAGUAAUCCAUUUUUUCUUUGGAAUGGCUACGGUAAGAAGGCAAAAUCUUCUUAUGACGAACCUGCGCCCCCUAGUGGUAAAGGUAGAGGGUUACCACGUUAGAUGGAAGGCUGGCAUACAUCGAUUGGCUAAGCUUGGUUCCCACUGGGAGGCUACAGAGCAUGUGCAGGAAGUGUACUUAAGUAUGCUUUUCACACUUCCUGGUUUCAGUAGAGACAGACAGGAAGAGUAAAAAAAAAAAAAGAA